AUGCAGGAGGAGUUCUACGCCCUGCAGCGCAACCGCACGUGGCAUCUUGUUGCGCGACCCCCUCGUGCCAACAUCAUCACUGGCAAGUGGGUGUUUUGCCACAAGACCCGCCCGGACGGUUCUCUCGAGCGCUACAAGGGAGCUGACACAGCAUAUCUGCUGCUCUACGUCGACGACAUCAUCCUCACGGCAUCCGCCCCCGAGCUCCUUCAGCGGCUGACAGCUCAUCUUCGUAAUGACUUCACCCUCAAGGACUUGGGGCCUCUGCACUACUUCCUCGGCAUCGAGGUGGUCCGAUGGGCUGACGGUUUCUUUCUACAUCAGCAGAAGUAUGCCCACGAGCUUCUGGACCGUGCCUGCAUGCUUAGCUGCAAGCCGGCGCCCACCCCCGUCGACACGAAGGCGAAGGUCUCUGCUCUAGAGGGGUCUCUCGCGUCCUAUGUAGUGUUCUAUCGCUCCAUUGUUGAUGCUUUACAGUACCCGAUGCUGACUCGACCCGAUCUGCAGUACGCUGUCCAGCAGGUGUGCCUCCACAUGCACGCCCCGCGUGACUCUCAUUUGACCCUGGUGAAGCGCUACCCCGACACCCGUCGCUCCACGUCCGGCUACUGCGUCUACCUUGGGCCAUCGUUGAUCUCUUGGUCAUCGAAGCGGCAACCCACGGUCUCCCGCUCCAGCGCCGAGGCAGAGUAUCAGGCAGUGGAGAACGCCGUGGGCGAGUGCUCUUGGAUCCGUCAGCUACUCCAGGAGUUGCUUUGUGACAUUCACAAGGCCACUCUUGUCUACUGCGAUAACGUCAGCGCGGUCUACCUCUCCGCCAACCCGGUGCACCAUCGACGUACGAAGCAUAUUGAGCUUGAUAUUCACUUCGUGCGAGAGCAGGUUGCCCUUGGCCGUGUUCGGGUUCUCCAUGUUCCGACGUCGCAACAGUUUGUUGACGUGAUGACUAAGGGAUUGCCUACUCCCGUCUUCGAGGAGUUUUGA